UGUGUUAAUGUGACUCUAUGUACAGACCUUUCGUCCAUAGCACUCAGCAGAUGGUAUCAUAGUUAAUGGCCUGAGAGUUUUGUGUUAGGCAUCUCUGUAUGUAGUGUUUAAUACAAAGUCUGGCAUGAGAUUGGUCAUGCUGUGUUGAAAAUAUGGGAAGUAGCAUUUUGAAACCUACAACUGGUAUUUUGUAAAAUGACUUGUCAAGUAUUAAAGUUUUAAAUGAUGUAGAAUAUGCUAAUUGUCUCACUUUAAUUUCAUCAUCUCAAUAGGACUAUACAGGCUCCAACCCAAGUUCCAGUGGUUGUGUCUCCUAGGAAUCAGCAGUUGCAUACAGUAACACUCCAAACAGUGCCACUCACAACAGUUAUAGCCAGCACAGAUCCAUCGGCAGGUACUGGAUCUCAGAAGUUUAUUUUGCAAGCCAUUCCAUCAUCACAGCCCAUGACAGUACUGAAAGAAAAUGUCAUGCUACAGUCACAAAAGGCAGGCUCUCCUCCUUCAAUUGUCUUGGGCCCUGCCCAGGUUCAGCAGGUCCUUACUAGCAAUGUUCAGACCAUUUGCAAUGGAACCGUCAGUGUGGCUUCCUCUCCAUCCUUCAAUGCUACUGCACCUGUGGUGACCUUUUCUCCUCGCAGUUCACAGCUGGUUGCUCACCCACCUGGCACUGUAAUCACUUCAGUUAUCAAAACUCAAGAAACAAAAACUCUUACACAAGAAGUAGAGAAAAAGGAAUCUGAAGAUCAUUUGAAAGAGAACACUGAGAAAACGGAGCAGCAGCCACAGCCGUAUGUGAUGGUGGUGUCCAGUUCCAAUGGAUUUACUUCUCAGGUAGCUAUGAAACAAAACGAACUGCUGGAACCCAACUCUUUUUAGUUAAUAUACCAAAGCUUAUGGAUGAUUGUUUGUUAAUUGAACAUUUUCAAUUAUAUGCAAACUGAUUGAUUGAUUCUAAGAUAAAGUCUAAGGAGGUUUCUAAUUUUGUAAUUGUUUUUUUUUUUUGAGACGGAGUCUCGCUCUGUCGCCCAGGCUGGAGUGCAGUGGCCGGAUCUCAGCUCACUGCAAACUCCGCCUCCCGGGUUCACGCCAUUCUCCUGCCUCA